UGGUGGUUGCCCUCUCUUAUUUCUUCUGAUUCUCAUUUUCUUUCAUUCAAGUUAUGUUUGAUUUCCACAGAUGAUCCCAGCACCCCUCUUUCUCGACCAAGUCGUCCCAGGUUGGGAGUGGGAGAGAGCCGACGAGCUCAACCAGGCCUUGAGGAGGCUGGGCCUCGUGGAGCUCGGGACCAUCGCCCACGACACAGUGCGGGGAAUACUACGCUUCUACCCCGGAGACGGCCGCACGCCUGUGCGCCACAAUGGGCAGAUGGCCCCCGUGAGGACCGUGUACGCCCGGUCGUACACAACCGAGCUCCGCCACGAGCGGUGGAGCUUGGUGUAUCUGGAAGGGUGGGGGGCACCACGCGCUUUGUUCCCUGUGGAGACCCUCACCUACCUGCGGCAUUCGAGAAUACGAUCUUGGAGGCGCCUUUCGGAGUGAUAGCGAUAACUUUUUUUGGGACAGACAUGAUCUGGAGAUGUUUCAAGAAAUUUCAAACGAAAAAAUCACGUUCUGGAAUGAAACGAGUGCUGCGAAAACUGUGGAUUUCCUACUACCAAUUGUACUUUGUAGGAGCCUCGUGAAAUAAAAAAAAAUUUUCGAACUUUUUUCUUAUUGCUAAUAGUAACUUU